ACUCCCCCUGGGCUUCACUCUCGCUCUCUCCCGCUCUGCUUGCAGCUUCGCCUCCGCUCCUGCGGCGCGACCGUGUCCCAGACGCGGCCUGGAACGGCCAGCCGCCGUGAGCCCCACGCCACGAGCGAUGCGGGCCGUUCAGCCGGGACCCGUGCCCUCCGGGCCGCGCGUCGCGCUCCUGCCGCCGCCGCUGCCGGUGCUGCUGCUGCUGCUGCUCGUGGUGGCCCCGGCCUCCGCGCAGGCCCAGGCCCCGGCCCCGGACUUGGCCGCUCUGUGCAGCUACACAUGGGAAGCUGUUGAUUCCAAAAAUAAUGCUGUUUAUAAAAUCAGUGUUUGUGGAAAUGUGGAUCUUCCCGGGUGUGGGCCGACAAGUGCUGUUUGUAUGUCUGACUUGAAGACAAAAACUUUUCGAUCAGUGGGUGAUUCACUUUUGAAAAGUUCAUCCAGAUCCCUCCUGGAAUUCAACACCACUGCGGACUGCCGGCCUUCAGAUUCACACCACAAAACCCAGACCAGUAUUACAUUUCUGUGCGGGAAGACCCUGGGAACUCCUGAGUUUGUAACUGCCACACGCUGUGUGCAUUACUUUGAAUGGAGGACUACUGCAGCGUGCAAGAAAGACAUAUUUAAAGCUGAUAAGGAGGUGCCCUGCUAUGCGUUUGAUGACAAGUUAAAGAAGCAUGAUUUAAACCCACUGAUCAGGCUGAGUGGUGCCUACCUGGUAGACGAUUCUGAUGCUGACACAUCUCUGUUCAUCAACGUGUGCAGAGACAUAGACGCCCGUCGAGACCCGAGCACGCAGCUGAGAGCCUGUCCUGCCCGUGCUGCCGCCUGCCUGCUGAAGGGAGACCAGGCGUUUGAUGUUGGCCGGCCCAAGGAGGGGCUGAAGCUAGUGAGCCAGGACAGGCUUGUUCUGAGUUAUGUGAAGGAAGGGGCAGAAAAGCCAGACUUCUGUAAUGGUCACAGCCCUGCAGUGACGAUAACAUUCGUGUGUCCAUCUGAGCGGAGAGAGGGCACCAUUCCCAAACUCACUGCCAAGUCCAACUGUCGCUAUGAGGUUGAGUGGGUCACCGAGUACGCCUGCCACAGGGACUACUUGGAGAGUGAAACCUGCUCCCUGAGCAGCGAGCAGCAUGACAUCAACAUUGACCUCAGUCCCUUGGCCCACCAGGAAGGGUCCUUCUAUGUUUCUGAUGGAAAAGAGUAUACGUUUUACAUGAAUGUCUGUGGGAACACAAAGGUCUCACACUGUAAUAACAAAGAUGCUGUUGUUUGUCAAGUGAAGAAGACAGAUUCCACUCAAGUCAAAAUAGCAGGAAGACACCAGAACCAGACCCUCCGGUACUCAGAUGGAGACCUCACCUUGAUAUAUUCUGGAGGUGAUGAGUGCAGUUCCGGCUUCCAGCGAAUGAGUGUCAUCAACUUUGGGUGCAACAAAACCGCAGGUAACGACGGGAGAGGAGAGCCUGUGUUCACAGGUGAAGUGGACUGCACCUACUUCUUCAUGUGGGACACCAAAUAUGCCUGUGUCAAAGAGAAGGAGGAUCUCCUCUGCGGGGCCAGGGAUGGCAAAAACCGUUACGACCUGUCUGUGUUGGCUCGGCACUCAGAAUCAGAGAAGAAUUGGGAAGCCGUGGGUGGCGGCCAGGCUGAAUCAGAAAAGAAGUAUUUCUUCAUCAACGUCUGUCACCGAGUGCUGCAGGAGGGCAAGGCCAGGCGCUGUCCUGAAGAUGCUGCUGUGUGUGCUGUGGAUAAGAAUGGAAGUAAAAACCUUGGAAAAUUUGUCUCUCCUCCUACAAAAGAGAAAGGACACAUACAGCUCUCUUAUUCUGAUGGUGAUGACUGUGGUAAUAAUAAGAAAAUAACAACUAACAUCACACUCGUGUGCAAACCAGGUGAUCUCGAAAGUGCCCCAGUGUUGAGAACUACUGGACCUGAUGGUUGCUUCUAUGAAUUUGAAUGGCACACAGCUGCUGCCUGUGUGUUGUCGAAGACAGAGGGAGAGAACUGCACAGUCCUUGAUGCCCAGGCAGGGUUUUCAUUUGAUUUGACGCCCCUCACAAAGAAGAAUGGUGCUUAUAAAGUUGGGACAGAGAAGUAUGACUUCUACAUAAAUGUUUGUGGCCCUGUAUCUGUGCAGCCCUGUCAGCCAAACUCAGGGGCCUGCCAGGUAGCAAAAAGAGAUAAGAAGGCUUGGAGCUUGGGGCUGAGUAAUGCUAAGCUUUCCUACUAUGACGGGAUGAUCAAGCUGAGCUACAAGGACGGCACGCCCUAUAACAAUGAAAAGCGCACACCGAGAGCCACGCUCAUCACCUUUCUAUGUGACCGAGACGCUGGAGUGGGCUUCCCAGAAUAUCAGGAAGAGGACAACUACUACAACUUCCGGUGGUACACCAGUUACGCUUGCCCAGAAGAACCCCUGGAGUGCAUGGUGACAGACUCCUCCAUGAUGGAGCAGUACGACCUCUCCAGUCUAGUGAAAUUUGAAGGAGGCCGUGGAGGAAACUGGUACGCCAUGGAAAACUCCCGGGACUAUACCACACGGAGGAAAUACUACAUCAACGUGUGUCGGCCUCUGAAUCCUGUGCCGGGCUGUGAUCGAUACGCAUCUGUUUGCCAGAUGAAAUAUGAAAAGAAUGAGGGCUCCUUGGCUGAGACUGUAUCCAUCAGUAACUUGGGAGUUGCAAAGAGCGGCCCUGUGGUGGAGGAGAGUGGCAGCCUCGUCUUAGAAUAUGUGAACGGCUCUGCCUGCACCACCAGCGAUGGCCAGCUAACCACCUAUAGCUCCAGGAUCCAUCUUGUCUGCGGCCGGGGAAUCGUGAACACCCACCCCAUAUUCACAUACAGCUGGGAAUGUGUGAUCAGUUUCCUGUGGAACACAGAGGCUGCUUGCCCUAUCCAGACGAUCACAGAUGCAGACCAGGCUUGCUCUAUCCGGGACCCCAACACGGGGUUUGUAUUUAAUCUUAACCCACUCAACAACUCUGACGGAUACGUGGUCUCUGCCAUCGGAAAGACUUUUUUGUUCAAUAUCUGUGGUGCAAUGCCUGCCUGCGGGAUGAUGGCAGGAAAGCCAGCCUUUGGCUGUGAGGCAGGAACCAAGACGGAAGAAUUGAAGAACUUGAAACCAGAAAGGCUAGUUGGAAUGGAGAAGAGCCUCCAGUUGUCUACUGAGGGAUUCCUCACCCUGACCUACAAAGGGGCUGGUUCCUCAGACAAAGGCACAGCGUUCAUCAUCCGCUUCAUUUGCAACGAUGACAUUUACCCAGGAACCGCCAAAUUUCUGCACCAGGAUAUCGACUCCACACGAGGGAUCCGGAACACUUACUUUGAGUUUGAAACUGCAUUGGCUUGUGUUCCUUCUCGAGUAGAUUGCCAAGUGACUGACCCAGCUGGGAACGAGUAUGACCUGAGUGCCUUGAGCACGGUCAGGAAGCCGUGGACCGCCGUGGACACCUCGUUGGACGGGAAGAAGAGAAAUUUCUACCUGAGUGUCUGCACUCCUCUCCCGUACAUCCCCCGCUGCCAUGGCAGUGCAGUGGGGUCCUGCUUGUUGUCAGAGGAGCAAAGUUUGAGCUUGGGUGUGGUGCAGAUCAGUCCUCAAGCUGCUGAGAACGGAUCCCUCAGCAUCCUGUACGUCAAUGGCGACAGGUGUGGAGACCAGCGCUUCUCCACCAGGAUCAUAUUCGAGUGUGCCCAGAUGUCGGGGUCGCCCGUGUUCCAGUUCGUGAAAGACUGUGAAUACGUGUUUUUGUGGAGAACAGUGGAGGCCUGUCCUGUGGUCAGAGAGGAAGGAGACAACUGCCAGGUGAAAGACCCCAGGCAUGGCAAUGUGUAUGACCUGAGGCCCCUGGCCCUCAAUGACACCAUCAUCACUGCUGGCGAGUACACCUACUACUUCCGGGUCUGUGGGAAGCUGUCCUCAGAUGUCUGUCCUGUCCAUGAUGGAUCCAUGGCAGUCUCAUCAUGCCAGGAAAAGAAAGGACCACAGGGAUUUCAGAAAGUGACAGGGCUCCUUUCUCAGAAGCUGACUUACGAAAAUGGGCUGUUGAAAAUUAACUACACUGGGGGGGACACCUGCCACCAGGUGUAUCAGCGCUCCACCACCAUCUACUUCUACUGUGACCGGACUACUCAGAAGCCAGUGUUUCUGAAGGAGACUUUCGACUGCUCCUAUUUGUUUGAGUGGCGAACACAGUAUGCCUGCCCACCUUUCAGCGUGACCGAGUGUUCUGUCCAGGAUGGGGCUGGCAACUCCAUUGACCUCUCCUCACUGUCGAGAUACAGUGACAACUGGGAGGCUGUGACCAGGACAGGGGCCACUGAACACUACCUCAUCAAUGUAUGCAAGUCUCUGUCUCCGCAGCCUGGCAGUGAGCCGUGCCCUCCAGAGGCGGCUGUGUGUUUGCUGCUGGAUGGCUCCAAGCCUGUGAACCUUGGCAAGGUGAAGGAUGGGCCUCAGUGGACAGCUGGUGUGACUGUCCUGAAGUAUGUGGACGGCGACUUGUGUCCAGACAAGAUUCGGAAAAGGUCCACCAUUAUCCGCUUCACCUGCAGUGACAGCCAAGUGAGCUCCAGGCCUCUGUUCAUCAGCGCAGUGCAGGACUGUGAGUACACCUUCUCCUGGCCCACACCCGCUGCCUGUCCUGUGAAGAGCAACGUACAUGAUGACUGCCAGGUCACCAACCCCAGCACAGGCCAUCUGUUUGACCUGACUUCCUUAAGCGGCAGGACCGGAGUCACGGCCGCCUACAGUGAGAGGGGCCUGGUCUACAUGAGCAUCUGUGAGGAGAACGAGAACUGCGGCUCUGGUGUGGGGGCCUGCUUUGGACAGACCAGGAUCAGCGUGGGCAAGGCCAGCAAGAGGCUGACCUACGUGGAUCAGGUCUUGCAGCUGGUGUAUGAGGAAGGGUCCCGGUGUCCCUCCAAGUCGGGCCUGAGGUACAAGAGUGUCAUCAGCUUCGUGUGCCGGCCUGAGGCCGGCCCUACCAACAGGCCCAUGCUCAUCUCUUUGGACAAGCAGACGUGCACACUCUUCUUCUCCUGGCACACGCCCCUGGCCUGUGAGCAAAUGACGGAAUGUACUGUGCGGAAUGGAAGCUCAAUGAUUGACCUGUCCCCUCUCAUCCAUCGCACUGGUGGCUAUGAAGCAUAUGAUGAAAGUGAGGACGGCACCUCGGAUACCAGUCCUGAUUUCUACAUCAACAUCUGCCAGCCACUGAAUCCCAUGCAUGGUGUGCCCUGCCCUGCGGGUUCCGCAGUGUGCAAAGUUCCUGUGGACGGGCCCCCUAUAGACAUUGGCCGCGUCACAGGUCCCCCGAUAUUCAAUCCUGUGGCCAAUGAAGUUUACUUGAACUUUGAAAGCACUACUCCUUGCUUAGCGGACAAGUAUAUGAACUACACCUCACUCAUUGCCUUUCACUGCAAGAGAGGGGUCAGCAUGGGAACUCCUAAGCUGAUAAGGACCAAUGACUGUGACUUUGUGUUUGAAUGGGAGACUCCGAUCGUCUGUCCUGACGAAGUAAAGGCGCAGGGCUGUGCCGUGACGGAUGAGCAGCUGCUCUACAGCUUCAACCUGACCAGCCUCUCUACCAGCACAUUCAAGGUUACUCGGGACUCUCGCACAUACAGCAUAGGGGUGUGCACCACCGCAGCGGGCUUAGACCAGGGAGGCUGCAAGGAUGGCGGGGUCUGCCUGCUGUCUGGGAACAAAGGGAUAUCUUUUGGACGCCUAGCAUCGAUGCAGCUGGAUUACAGGCACCAGGACGAAGCAGUCAUUCUGAGUUAUAUGAAUGGUGAUCCUUGCCCUGCAGAAACGGAGGACGGUGACCCCUGCGUCUUCCCCUUCACGUACGAAGGGAAGAGAUAUGAUGACUGUGCUUUGGAGGGACGGGCAAAGCUGUGGUGCAGCAAAACUGCAGACUAUGAACGUGACCACGAAUGGGGCUUCUGCAGACAGUCUGACAGCCACCGGAUGUCUGCCAUCAUAUUUACCUGUGACGAAAAUGAGGAUAUCGGGAAGCCAGAAGUCUUCAGUGAAGUUCGUGGGUGUGAAGUGACAUUUGAGUGGAAGACAAAACUCGCCUGCCCUCCGAAGAAGAUGGAGUGCAAGUUCAUUCAGAAGCAUAAAACCUAUGACUUGCGGUUGCUCUCAUCCCUUACAGGGUCCUGGGACUUAGUCCAUGAAGGAACCUCGUACUUCAUCAAUCUAUGCCAGAACGUAUACAAAGGGCCCCUGGACUGCUCUGAAAGGGCCAGCGUUUGCAAGAAGAGCCCAUCCGGUGACGUCCAGGUUCUUGGGCUUGUUCACACACAGAAGCUGGAUGUCAUAGACGACAAAGUCAUUGUCACUUACUCAAAAGGCUCUCCUUGCGAUGGGAAUAAGACCGCCUCCUCUGUAAUCGAGUUGACCUGCGCAAAGACUGUGGGCAAGCCCACAUUCGAGAGGGUGGAUACUGACACUUGCACCUACUACUUCCACUGGGACUCACGGGCUGCCUGUGCCGUGAGGCCUCAGGAGGUGAGCAUGGUGAACGGAACUCUCACCAACCCUAUGACCGGCAAGAGCUUCAGCCGGGAUAUUUACUUUAAGCUGUUCAGAGCCUCUGGGGACAUGCGAGCCAACGGAGACAACUACCUGUAUGAAAUCCAGCUCUCCUCCAUCACCAGCUCUACUAACCCUGCAUGCGCUGGUGCCAGCAUCUGCCAGGUGAAGGCCAACGACCAGCACUUCAGCAGGAAAGUGGGCACCUCUGACAUGACCAAGUACUACAUCCAAGAUGGUGAUCUGGAUGUGGUGUUUACCUCACCCUCCAAAUGCGGGAAAGAUAAGACCAAGUCUGUCUCAUCCACCAUCUUCUUCCACUGUGACCCUCUGGUGGAGGAAGGGAUCCCCGAGUUCAGCCACGAGACUGCUGACUGCCAGUACCUGUUCUCCUGGUACACUGCGGCUGUCUGUCCUCUCAGUUUUGCCUUGGAUGGGGACAAUCCUGAGCCAGAGUACAAGGGACUCUCGGAGCGGAGUCAGGCGGUCGGGGCAGUCCUCAGCCUUCUCCUGGUGGCGCUGAUCGGCUGUUUGCUCGCUGUGCUGCUUUAUAAGAAGGAGAGAAGGGAAAUUGUGAUAAACAAGCUGACCAGUUGCUGCCGAAGAAGCUCGGGUGUGUCCUACAAGUACUCAAAGGUCUGCAAGGAAGAGGAGGCCGAUGAGAACGAAACGGAAUGGCUGAUGGAAGAGAUCCAGCAGCCAAACCCAAGACUAGUGAAAGAUGGCCAAGAGAACGGGCACAUCACCACCAAGACCAUGAAAGCAGAAGCUAUCACUUCCCUGCGCGGGGAUGACCAGGACAGUGAAGAUGAGGUCCUGACCAUCCCAGAGGUGAAGAUUCACUCAGGUAGAGCAGCCGAGGGAGAGAGCCCAAAGCCCCUGAGAAACCCCCAGCUCAAGGUCCUUAAGGAACGGGAAGACGGAAGGAUGGGCCUGGUCCAAGGAGAGAUGAUCAGAAGAGUGAAGCCUCGCCCCGGACAGCACAAGUCACCAACCUCGGCCAAGCUCGUGUCCUUCCAUGAUGACAGCGAUGAGGAUCUCUUGCACAUCUAACUCCGCGGUGUCUACAGGAGAAUGCAGAGCCACGGGACAGCCAAACACCUCCAACCAAAUAAGACUUCAACUUGAUGAUGCUUCUAUCAUUUUGCCUUUAACAAAAACUGCUUCAAAGGGAAGAGUUUUUGUAAUGGGGGAGAGGAUGAGGGAGGUGGGCACCACUCCUUUACAACCGUUUACAGUCAAUGGAACAAGUGUUGCUUGAAUUGGCCAAAGGGCGGCACUUUGUGCCAGGGUUUUGCCCCAGGUCCUCACUUUACAAGCAUAGCUGCAGUGUGCUUCCAACAGGUGCCAAGGCCACAUGCAUCUCAUAACAGAGGGCUGUGUUUAAAAAACCCUUGCUGCUUUAGACUCUGGGGUGUUCAACCAUUUCUAUUUAGCAUUGUAAUUCUCUCCUCCUAUUUAUUGACUUUGACAAUUACUACUCAGGUUUGCAAAGAAAAAACACAAAAAAAAUACAAAAAACAAAAACAAAAAAAAAAAAGAGAAAAGCCAGUUUUUUCUGCCAGCAGGGAUGUAAGGUGAUGCUGGCGUUGUGCUGGGGCGGUUGUGUGUGGCUCCUGAACUGGUCCUUGAUACACACACUAGCGUAGUGUUCCUCUCCGCCUUCCAGUUUGUAAGGGCACACAUAUUCACAGGUCCCCGAGUGCCUAGGUUUGGGAAGGCCCGCCUGCUCUGUGCCUCGAAUUGUAGCCGCAGCUCUUUGCAAGCAUCCUCCUGGGUGUGGCUUUUGCUAGCUGGUGAGUCCCAGCAGCUCACCCAGAGGAGGACCCGGUCCAUGUGACGGGAGUUGAGGCACGGAGACCAGCUACACCUAGGUUGGGUGGUCGGCCUCAUCUCUUCAGGGUCUCACGACACCACCUUUACUGUGCUUUUUCGUUUUUUAAGGGGACAGAGUGUUUAUCACCCACUUGACCUAUAAGAAGCCUUAAUUUGUACAGGGUGACUUACAGACAUCAUGUGAACCCCAGUGGGCCAGUGUUGUGUGUGGACCUGUGCCCGGGCAGAGUCCCAGGAUGGAAGGGCGGCCCGGUGUGGGCUUUUCUUGACGUAUUCAGUGACUUCUCACGUUGUAGACUGUACAUAGGUGGUAUCUAUAUACUGAAAAGCAAACCGCCCUGCAGAUUGCUUGGUUUGUGCCGAUUUGGCUGGCUUUUUUUUUUUUUUGAUUUAAACAUGAGUGUAUUUUUAAAAUUUGAUUUUUCUUUUCAUUUUUUUCAAUCAACUUUACUGUAUUAUGAAGUAUUCAAUUUCAAUAAAAAAAAAUAAUAAA